UCUUUUUCAUUUAUUUAAUCAUAUUUCUGCUUGUUUCUUCCGUAUAUUUUUUCGACGUACUUUCAGUAAUUUUGUUCUAGUUUUUCUUAAACAACAACUUUAAUUUUAGUUUUAGAAUUAUUGCGAUAAGAUAAAAGAAUGAUUUUUUUAACUGAUUUUACGAAUCUAAUUUUUUUCUUCUUUACAUAAAGUUGUGGACCUUGGCGUUUAACAUUCUUACGACAUACGUUUGAGCAAGGGAUCGUUUAAAGUCGUUUACUUCCGAAAGUAGUUCGAGCACGUGAUUGACUGAUCAACGAAGUGACCGUUCUUCUGUCUUUCAUUUAAAGAAAAAUUUUAGAAUGUGCGUUAUUCGACCAAGUUACGUUAUAACGGGUAAAACAUAUGAAUAUCGGUGGUUCGUUGAAAAAAUGAUUUUAUCAUUAUUGUUCGAUAAGUGUUAACUAUAAAUCACGAGGGGAUGGAUCGUUUAAUUUCUUUUUACUAUUAUAAGGGUAUUCGCUGAUUCGAAGGAAGAGAAUAAAUUUGAAAGAAAAAUGAAAAAAUAAUCGCAUUGCCUAUCGAUAAAAUGGUUAGUUGUUGCCACUUAAAAUCGUAUCGGAUAUCUAACAGAGUCGUCAUCGAGGGAGAAGAAGGUGACUUUUGAAGGUCGCGAAAUCAGAGUCUAAAGAGUUAUCACGCGAUAAUGUCGUAGUCUGCUUGACCGUCCAUAAUCUGUUUUUAGUGCAGUGGUAGUAAGAAUCGCGACAACAAUCCGCGAAUCGGUCGUUCUAUUGUAUAAUUAUUAAGAAUUGUCUUUCAAACAAAGCAGCAUCGUAAUUAUCAAAUAAUAGAGACAAUGUUUGAAACGGAAGGAAGAAAUUUAUGAAACUGGAACGAAAAUUUGCAUCAUUAUUUUAUUAGAGAUUUUUCGUUGUUGUUCCUGACACUCAUUCUUAUCCCAUUUCAAACACGAUCAGUUAAAGAAUGUCGAAGAAGCAAUGGUUGGUCCUGUUGAUGCUGUUCUUGACAUACUUGUUACUAGGUGCUUCCAUUUUCUACCAUAUCGAGAGCCGCUUAGAGAUCGACCGCAUUGAAAAAGACAAACAUGAACGCAUCAAAAUUAACGCUUUGCUACACACGCAUUACGUACCGAAUCUUAGUCACGAUCACGAUGAAAUUCUCGAGAAUUUGACACGAUACUGCGGAAAAUCAGUUUAUAAUUAUACCGAAGGCGAUUAUCCCCUUAAAUGGGAUUUUUAUAAUAGUUUUUAUUUCGCUUAUACCGUCGUCAGCACAAUAGGUUACGGGAAUUUGGCUCCAACGAACAGGCUCAGUCGCAUCCUGAUGAUAUUUUAUGGUCUGAUAGGCAUACCUAUGAAUGGAAUUUUGUUGACACAAUUGGGAGAAUUUUUUGGCCGUGUAUUCGUUAAAGCUCACGAAAAAUAUAAAUCUUAUAAGCAUGGCCGUGACAAUUAUUAUCCUAGAAAAUUAACAACGUUCGAAACGGGAAAAGCUGGAUUGGCUGCACAAAUAUUUGCUCACUUGUUGCCAGGUUUCGUCAUGUUCAUCUUUUUCCCAGCAUUUCUUUUCUCUCAUUACGAGGGUUGGAGUUACGAAGAAGCUGUUUAUUACGCUUUCGUCACAUUGACCACCAUUGGUUUUGGAGAUUACGUGGCAGGACAGGACAAUAGCAAGGGUAGCGGAUUUUUCUUUAUAUUAUACAAGAUCUUUCUGAUUUGUUGGAUUUCCUUUGGACUGGGAUACACCGUCAUGAUCAUGACAUUUAUCACGCGAGGUAUGCGAAGUAAGAAGAUUACUAGAAUAGAGCGUAAAUUAGCUAUCAAUUUGAAGCACACGCAAAGUAAAAUAUGGAAUGAAUUCAAUAAGGAAAUAAAUUAUUUACGCCGUGUUUUCAACGAGUUGCAAUUAUCUAAAGUUAAGAGAAUAUACGUUGACGAAUGUAAUUACGAGAUUCCACCGUCUAAAUUUUGUCGUAGCAACAGUUUUCCCGAUCUUCGAGAUUUGUUGUACGCCUCAAAAGAGAAAAAUGAAAUGUAUCAGAGACCUCGACGACGCGCCAAUAGCGAAGUGGUUCCAACGGAAAAUCAAGUAACGCGCGUCGUUUCUGAAACCGAUCUUCAAAGAAUCGAUAAAACAGCAACAUUCGCAACUCAUGCAAUGGUUCAACCAGCAGAAUUGUUGGCAAGAUUGGUGAAUAUUCUUGGUUAUAUACCACCAGCUACCGAAGAUAUGGGUGCCGAUGGUUCAAAUCAGACAACUUACGUUGGCCAGGAACAAGUCGGAUAUCACAGUGACAAACUCGAAGAAAAUAAAGAGAUUUUUGAAAGAGAAUCGACUCACGCGUCCAAUACCGGAUCUAGAAUCUGGACAAUCGGGCACGAAAAGAUACCGCGAUUCGUAAGACCUCGUUCGAGAGCAGCAAGCGAGAUUAGAAUACAAGAAACGAAAAACGAGGAUCGAAACAUCGAACGAACUUGGUCCGGACCAACAGCGGCUAGAAGGAUUCAGGAAUUGAUGAAAUCCCGUGUAAAUGAAUCAUCGGGCAAAGAACGUGACAUUAAAGAUACCAAAUUUUCUAAACUUCGCAAUUUUGCAUUAACAAAAAACGUUCCUAAAGCAUUGAUCUCGUCCAGCCCUUGGAAAAAUCGUUUCUCGAUAAGUUCGGAAAAAAAAAUCUCCGAAUUCGAUCGCAAUAUUAACGGUAAAGACUUGGCCGGACAAGGAUCUUUGUCGAUCGAUGAUAGACGAGAGUCGAUCCCAACCAAUUUAAAUCCACAAAGAUAUUAUUACACGCAUACCGGUGCGGCUAACAAUUUUAAUAACAAUGUUAAUAAUAAUCUACUCGAAGAGACCAGUUUGGCCGAUUUUUUGAGAGCCCUUACCGUUCUUCACGCUAGCGUUGCUGUCAACAACGGUAAUUGGACCUCUGCUACGAACGAAGAUCAGAUUCGUCGUGAUCAACCUCGAAGAAAAUUGGGCACCGCUUCUUUAACACCGCCAAAACUUCCUAGCUUGUUUACCUUAUUUUCACCAUCUCCACCCGUAUCAACCACUCAAAGCAAUCAAAACACUAUUACGCAAGAAUCUAAUAUAAACUGGAACGAAGAUAAACUACCUUGGUUUCAAACAACAACAAGACGAGAAUCGAGAAGAGGUAGUUUAGCGUUUGCUCAUCCUACCAUGGCUGCCAAAUCGAGACGAUUUUCUUUGAGACCUGUAGCAACACCUGUCAGUCCACCGACGCCUCCGAAAAAUGACUCACCAUUCUUAUCGAAAACUAAAUCAACGUUUUUGUUCGAAUCCCCUAAAGAGCCUCUUAUUCUAACAGAGAGAACACCAGGUUUUUCAACGCCGAUAAAAUCAACCUUGAGCGAUCGUCGUUUCUCGUUACGACCAGCUCAAAAUCCGAACGUUAAUUUAAAAGGAGGUAAUACUUCUAUCGUUUCUACGCAAAAAGUUGCACCUCGUUGGAAGGCUGGUAUAUUGCAACGACAAAUCGGUCAAAUGAAUCUUCGACGUCGAGCCAGAGCGUUCAGUUUGAGCGACGUUCACAUCGAAGAUCACGGAGAAAGAGCCGAACCUUUUCAUUUAUCAUCUAAUAUUAUUUACAAAAAAAAUAAUCACGAUACAAUUUAUAAAAAUCCUAAAACCGGUGAAUUUGCAUCAUCGAUCGAAAAUUCGGGUCAAUUUGCAUCUUUGGUUUCCAAUUCGGAACGAUAUUCACCGCUUUCACAAGAAAUUAUUUCUACGAAUUCUGUUCGCCUCGAGGAAAAGAACGUACGAAUCAUCGAUCCACAAUCACAUUCCAUCGUACACACAAUUCCUAUCGAGAAUGUCGAUGAUCGUUCGAACGAAUCUACAUCUAAUUCUCGUUUAAUCGAUCGAAUAGAAUCAACUUUGUGUAAAGAUUCUCGAAUAAGUACAAAAAAACAAGUAUCAUCGAAUGAUUCUUUCACUAAUAAUUCUACUUCUCAAUAUAAUUUAUUUACUAAUAUCGACGUAAAAUCACCAGAAGAACCAUUGGUGGAAGUAAAAAUAGAAAAUCCCAGUACAAAUAUCGUUUCCGAUCCGUUGAAAACAGUUACACCCGAUGUUUCUUCGCAUCAUUCGUUAGAUUCUCUUGCAGAGUUCAAAACCGAGAAGCACAAAUCACACUUGCCUAUCGAUAAAUCGUGA